AUGUUUCUCGAAAAUCUUGAAAACUUUUAGAAUGAAGAUUUUCUAGAAUAUUUCUAAAAAUUAGAAAAUUGCGCUAUAAUUGGAAACAAAGAGCUCAAAAAUAUUUUCAAUAAAAGUUUAUGCAUUCGCUAUAAGGAUGAUGUCGAGAUCCAAAAUCUUAUUCACAAUUAAGUAAAUAAUAAUCAGGACUAAAUUCAAAAUCAAAUUCAGGAGGAAAAAAUAAGCAAUCUUGAAAGAGAUAAUAAGUAAUUAAGAGAGGAACUUUAAAAUAAAGACUUUGAGAUUUAAUUGCUUAAUGAUAGAAUCAAAAAUCUUGAACAAGAAAAAUUGAAUUAAAACAUGAAAAUUGGUACUGGUUUAAAUAGAAAUUCCAUCGAUGGUACUAACUCGUCAAAAUAAAGCUGCAAUAUUGAGAAUAAAUAUGAGUAAAUAAAAGAAAAGUAUUAAAAAAAGUUAGAAGGUAAAAAGAAUAAAAUUAAGGAACUCUAGCAAGAAAUUUCGGAUUAAAAGAUAGUAAUCCAGAACAUGCUGUUUGGGGAUAUUUUUCUUAAUACGCCAAGGAAAUAAACAACAUCUCAUAAUGAUCCUUAGGAGAAAUUUAAUUUUGGCGUUCCAUCAAAUAUUUAAGUUAUAUAAGAGAACUAGAAAAAUAAAAAUUUGAAAUUUAAAAGAGAAGUAGAUAUAAACGAUAUUGAUGAAACUAAGGAGAAGAAUUUUGACUUUAUAAAGUAAUCCUUGCCUUAAAAACAUUAAGAAUAAGUAUAGAAACUUUAGUCUGUUUUGAGUAGUCAAGAAAGUCUCAACUUUUUUGAAAGAAUAAAGAUAGAGUCAAUAAGUAAUUCAAAUCUAGAGUAGCUUGUAGAAGGAAAAAUUGGAAGCUAUAACAUUAAAGAUUUAACGAAUAACCCUUCAAUACAAGAGUACUUAAUUAAAGAGUCUGAGACUAUAAACUCAAUAGAGUUAGAUGAUGAGUUAUUUGCUAGAUAAUUAUAAGAAGAAGAAGAAAGAGAAUUAGAGAAUAAACUAAAAUAAAAAGCAUAAAAUAAAAUUCGAUUCUCGUUAAUGAAGACCAAAUAAAGAUCAGAGAUAUGA